GAGUCUGCGGCGGCGCCGGCGGCGCCGGCGGCGCGGGAGGCGCCGGCGGGGGCUGCGCAGGAGAGCCGGCGCCGCAGGCGCCACCCGAGAGCGCGCCCCAGCAGUGGUGCCCCGAGGUGCCCACGGGCGGCGGCGGCGUCGUCCUCGGGAGCCCCGGCGCGGCGGUGUCGUCCACGGCGAUCCCGAAGGCGGGCAGCCCGAGGCCCGAUCACCACAUCCAGGUCACGCACGUGCUGGCGGGGCAGGCUCCCGCCACCGCCAGGGGCAGGACCUCGACGGAGGCAUCAACAUGGACGAGGAGGUGAGAAGAGCCCUGGACAGCAUCGACGAGGAGGAGGUCCACGAGGUGUGCAUUUUCCUAGAGGACAAGAACACCAAGAAGAAGACCCAGGUGUCAUUCGACUACACAAAGCAUAUAGACAGCCCCCAGUCUAUCGUAGAGGAGAUGAGACAAGGCGCGAUCGUGCCGGACGACUACCCUCUGGAGCGCCUGAAGCACGAGAUCGAGAAGGCAAUCGUUGCCAGGUGCGAGCAGAUCAAUUUGCAGCGGCGCGUGGCCGCGCAGCAGCCCUUGCACGACGGCGCCAACCAGGGCCUCGUCGGGGAGCCGGCGCCGGAGGCGUCCGCGGGCUCCGCCGCCAGGCCCAGGGACGCUGAGGAGAGAAGUGCGCAGGAGGUCGACGUGGCGCAGGAGCACCACGAGGAGCUCUCGAGGGAGAGCGCAGGCGAGAAUAACGCCAAGGAUUUGGUCUUUUUGCAGCAGGCUCUGAGAUACUUGAUGCCCGAGGGGCUCGCCCUCAAGGAGAAGGAGUUCAGGCAUGGCGAGUGGUGCCAGGUCACGCAGGAGGCGGUGGAAUGGUUCCAGAGGAGUAACAGCCUGCUGGAGCGGUCCGUGGUUGACGACGCGUUCUGGCAGAUCUUGACAGACUUGACAGAGCAGAAGAGAAGAGAGGAGCAGGCCAAGACGGAGGAGCGGGAGAGGUCGCUGCUUCAGGCCAGAAUGGAGGAGCAGGCCAAGCUGGCGGAGGAGCAGCGCCAGGCGGCGCAGGCGGAGGAGAAAGAGAGGCAGCGCCAGGCGGCCGCGGCGAUGGUGCAGGAGAAGCGCGCCCAGGCGAAGGCGCUCCAGGCGGAGGAGGCCUCGAAGAUGCAGGCGAAAAUGAUGGGGGACCUGACCUCCAGCCUGACCAAGCCUCCGCAGGACGUGGCGGCGUCGUCGCCCGCCGCGAUGACUCCGCAGGUGUCGCCGGGCUGGCAGCCCAUCGCGCCGCAGGUGCCCGCGCCGCAGGUGUCGCCGUACCCCAGCGCCGCGCAGGUGCCCCCGCAGCCCAUGGUGCCGCAGCAGCAGCCGCCGCAGCCCAUGGUGGCCCAGCAGCCGCAGCAGCAGCCCAUGGGCACCAUGGUGCCCCAGCCGCAGGUGCCGCAGCCGGCCGCGGUGGUCGGCCAGGCGCCGCUGGCGGUGCCGCAGCUUCCGGCGGUGCCUCCUGUGGCCCAGGGGCUGCAGCCGUCCAUGCCGACGUCGCAGUCGCAGCAG